AUGGAUCUCCGGCAGGCUUGUGAUCGAUGCCAUGACAAGAAACUCAGGUGUCCUCGACCGCCGGGCUCUCUGUGCUGCAGCCGCUGCACCAAGGCCAAUGUGACGUGCGUCUUCAGUCCGCCAACAAGGCCUCUCCGAUAUCCCACCAGCCACAAUGGCAAUGGAGCCGCUGGUUUUGACUGGCCCGAUCUCAUGAUCUUGGAGCAGCAGGGGCACCAAACGCCAAGCCAAGUGCUCGAGACACCAGCCCAGACCAUUUCAGAACGCCUCGCGGCUCUGCUGUCAGGCCUUGAUCGCAUGCUGCAAGCGCUGCCGUCGUCUCUUGAGAUGCACCACGUUCCGAGAGAGCAGCUGAGGGAAUAUGCCGACAACGUAGGGGACAAUUUCGAUCUUCAGUCGACGCUGGACGGCCUCCUCCACCACGCCCAGGAUCUCGCAGCCAUCUAUCCUGACGCCACAUCGGCCUCUUUCAACAAACGCACGACAGCUCCCGAGUCUGAUGCCCUCUGCACCGUUCCGGACUGUAUACACCACGAUCGCACAUCCUUGCAUACAAGGCCCCUGCCUAAGCUGGACCACGCAUUGUUAAAUCUCGUCAUGGCCUGUCAUAUCCGUUUGCUUGAUAUCAUGGACACUCUGGCAGAGCACGGCCGGAUGUGUGCCUUUAUGGCGGCCACCCUCCCGGAGGACUACGAUCCGAAAUUUGCGGUUCCAGAAAUCCGCGUUGGCUCCUUCAUUGCUCCCUCCAACACGGCGGCCUCGAUGCUUCUGGGCGUGCUUUUAGAGCUUCAGACGCUGCUGGUGGACAGGAUUAGAGACAUGAGCCGCGUGAUUGCUCAAGUAAGAGACAGUCCAGGAGCAGCCAGAGAAGCAAGAGUCGUUUGCCUGCAAUGCGAAGUUCUUCAAGAGCGUGCAGAGACUACACUUGGGGAACUGACGAAUUUCAAGAAGGGGUUGGUAAGCGCCAGACUACUAAGAUGA